AUGAAAAGUUACCAGUUACAAGUAACAGAGUUACUUGACAGUGCUGCGUACAAGUCUGGCCUUCAGCACAGGGCAGACACGCGAAUUCUCAACCUCGAAAUGUUCGCCCCAGAGACUGUGAGCAUCUCCCGUCGCCACAGCAGCUUCACCUUCCUCUUCUCGAGCAACGAGGCCAAGACCGGCAAGGGCUUCAUGGUGAAGAUCGUCCAGGAGCCGUACACCUGCUCGGACGACCUGCCGGACAGUUCCCUGUUCCCGACCGACUCGCUGCCGGAGGACUUCGGCCCUCCCGCCGCGCGGCCGCAGGACUUCGACCCUCCGGUGGCCCGGCCGCAGGAGUUCAACCCCGUGACUCGACCACAGGCCCAGACUGGCAGCAGAGGCUGCGACCAGAGGCUGUUGGGUCCCUCUGGCCUGAUCCGGUCCCCGGGCUACCCGCGCAUCUACGGCCCCAACAUGCGGUGCCGCUACACGCUGCUCCGCCUCAACAGCGGCGUCUGCCGAGUCCAGAUCAGCUUCAAACGCUUCAACCUGGAGAACAGCUAUGGUUGCCGCAAGGACUACCUAGAACUGCCGGACAGGAGCAGGCUCUGCGGGCGCUACACGGGCACCAGGACGUACGAUUUUAAGCAGGACUUUCUGAACCUCUACUUCAUCUCUGACCGAUUCAGGGCGGACUCCGGUUUCGAAAUCGAAGUGAGACAGCUGCAGAACUCUUGCCUCAAUCCGUCGGCCCAGAUGCUGCCCUUCCCGAGGGAAGCGGACGAGCUGAGGAUGGUGUUCACGUCGGACAUCACGACCAACCGGAAAGGCUUCGAGAUCAAGGUCACCCAGGAGGCCGGGGGCUGCUUCCGGGCCCCUCUUAGUAAGUGGCCAUUCCCACCUAUGGACUGA